AUGGCUACACUACAAUCGUCGACAGAGCCCUUGAGGCCUGUGACGCCUCAAACUAAUGCAUCGCGGCCAACUACCGCAGGACAAGCAGACACGCUGCCAGUACCUGGCGUGCACGUCGACGGUACUAGCGACGACGAAAGACAGCCGCGUAGCACAACACCCGUCAACAACUCUGCCAGCCUCAACCCAAGCGCUCAACCAAGUCGAGCCCCGUCGCCAAAUCCCCAAGCUCAGUUUCCCCACACCCAGGUCACAUACGAUGAUCCCGACUUCGCCCGCCCACCGCCGCUGAAAUACACGCUGCGCACUCGCAAGAAGUCCAUCUUUUGGUUCUGGACUCUCAUCAUCCUCGACUGCGUCUUCAUGCCCAUCGGCCUCUACUUUGGCAUGUGGUAUGGCCUUACGCGCGAUCAAUUAUCUGCCAAUGCCGUCUUCAGUAUCAGCACCGCCCUGCUCGGAACCGUGUCGAUUGUCGAGUACUUUAUCCGCUUCCAUAGGUUAUGGAAGAAGGGCUCAAGCUGUAGGGUUAUUGGUGCGCAAAGAUGGUAUCUCGAUUGGUUCCAUUGGAACUUGUCCGUCGGCUGGUUCUUUGUCAUGAUUGAACUCAUCGCUGGUACAUGCCCUCACGAUCCCCCCAUUCGCGUCCUCGCUAUGCCGGCCCCGACCAUGCUGUUUGCGAUCGGUUGCGAACUCCUACUCGUUGACAUUUUGCGCUACAUGAACGUGCCUGCACCCUGCCGCAUCUCUUCACUACCCCAGGGCGCGGCGCUCCGACCCGGCAUCUACGCCUACAUUGAAGAUAUUUGCGCUGUUGACGGAUCCGGUGGCACUGAGUUCCGUCAGCGAUUGAACCUCCGAUACACGGCCAGCAAGGGCUUCCGCAUGAUGCUGCACCGCUUGACACUCUUCUGGGCUAUUGGCGCCAUCAUCACCGCUGUAGUUUGCACAGCCAUUAUUUUCACUAUCCAGCGAGACGCUGCCUACGUUGUCGGCUGGGUUCUGCCCUUCCUUUGGGCUGGUGUCUGGACUGCCAUCACCAUCCCCUGGGUCCAACGCGAACUCAAGAAAGAGUAUGAAGAAUGGACCACCGCAAACUUCAAGGCCUAG